UAAUGUAUUUCCCUCGAACUUGUUCAAAAUAUUAUACAUUUUGAUUUACACAGGGCCACACUUAUAUCGACACAAUUUUGAUGCCAUUUUGGCAGCUUUUUGUUAAAGUUACUUUUGUUCGAGUUUAAAAGUAAUUCAAUUAGCAAUACCCUUUAGUGUUUGGAAUUUUCCGUCAUGAGCCUGAUUAAUUUCCAUACGUACCAGGACUAUGUGGACAGUUUCAUAUCCCCCAACGACAAACGCUAUUUGGGCAACCAAACGGUCGAGAGAAAGCUGAUCCAAUAUGCCUGCGGAAAGGGUUGUCUGGGCAAUUUGCUAACUAGGCAGCAAUUCCACCAGCGCAAGGCAAUGGAGUUUCUUCUGCUUAGACCGCGGGGAUUAUGCGGACUACAAAUCUUCGGUGACUAUUUAAACCACGAUGACGAGGUCCUAAAACAGUUUGCCCUUCGAGAGAAAAAGCUGGUCCAGAAACAAAUUUCGACCAUUGUCUAUCUGCUGAUGCGUUCGAAAAAGGGUCUGGAGGUCUCCAGUUUUUUCGAUCUGGAGCAGAGUCUGCGGGAGUCGCGAUGUCAGAGUUCACAGAGCUACGUGGAUUGGCGGGGCGUUUUUGAGGGCAGGGUGAAGUUGAUGCCAUCGAGGCAGCACCUCAGCUAUUUCGACUGGAAUCAGAACAAGGUGUUCUCCAAUAACACCGACAAUUUCUACGUGGUCGACAAGAGGAACCACAGUCUGCUGGUGCGACAUGUCGGCGAUCACAAGAUGUUCUGCGUAAAUGGCACCUGCGACUGUGUGUUCACGAAAAAUGUCAACCGCAAAACGUAUUGCUCACCCACCUAUGGAUAUGUCAUAUUCUUUGACCACAUAAUCAAGCGCAUUAAUUAGCGAUGGUUUUCAAACGUCAAUAAUGCGUAAUCGUGGAUAAAUAAAAAAUAAAAUAAACUGAA